AUAUUUUGGCUAUGCAGUCAGAUUACAGGGCCUCAGUUAUUAAUCGCAUGAGUUCUCGGCAGCGAGUAACAUUUGAGGAGAUUUUACCAUCCUCUACUCCGUUGCCUGCCUUGGAUCUUCUGAAGAAACUUUUAGUAUUUAACCCUGAUAAACGUCUCACAGCAGAGGAGGCUCUGCAGCAUCCUUAUGUGAAAAGGUUUCACUGUCCUGACAGGGAGCCCUCUCUGGAUUAUGAUGUGAUUCUUCCUUUAGGUGAUGAUAUCCAGCUGCCUGUGGCAGAAUAUCGCAAUAAAUUAUAUGAGAUGAUCCUUGAAAAGAAAUUAAAUAGCCAUCCAAAAGAGCAAGUGCAGAGAGAAAAUGUCCAACUAAGUCAGUCUGAAUCCAGGACACUUCUUCCGAAUUCCAGUUCUGUGACUCUGUCUACCAGGAAAGGCCAGGAAGAACCAAUACCGCCUGCUAUAAAAACUUCACAUGUGCAUGCUGGAACUACAACUAGUGUCCAGCCAGAAGUACCACGCAGGAAUGAAGAUUUAGCAAGAACUUUAUGUCAGAGAUCAAAGAUCAAUGUGAUAUACAAUCCCAUAACACACACUGCUGUUGAAAAUAAUCCAAAUUCUGGUCCUAUGAUGAGGAACUGUUCCAUGCCACCUUCUCAAAUGGCCAGAAUCUCCAACAUUAGGAAAGUGGGGAGACAAAUCACAAGGGCAAAUGCAAAUGCUCGGCUGCCUCCUACAAAUGUACAGAACCUUUAUAUUAAUCCAAGAAUUACUCAGUUGCACAGCAAAGAUGUUCGUCCCCUUCUGAAGUCCAGUAAAAAGAUGUUCCAGAUUACUGCAAAUAUGGGAGCUGCUGGUGAUCCGAAAGCAUCGAUGGGCAGUUACUCCCAGGCAUAUGGAACCAUAUGUAAAUCUGCCCUGCAGAGUCUCCCAAUAUCAAAGUCCUCUCAACAACAUGAGCAGUGA